AUGGAGUCCACCAAAGGAGUUGCGAUGGCUGGUGGAGAUGACGCCGUUAGCUACAAUAAGAACUCCUCCCAUCAGAGAAGUGUUAUCGAAGCUGCCGAUUCACUCGUCAAAGAGUGCAUCGCACAACACAUCGAACCCGGAAGUUAUCCCGCCUUACAGACCUUUUGCAUUGCCGACUUGGGGUGUUCGACCGGACCCAACACUUUUACAGCUGUCGAAAACAUUGUCACGGCAGUUAAACUCAAGUGCCUAAACACCAAUAACAGAGUACCCGAGUUUCAAGUCUAUUUUAACGACCACGUGCAAAAUGACUUCAACACCCUUUUUAAGUCCCUCCCGCCCAACAGGGACUAUUACGGGUCAGGCGUGCCCGGUUCUUUCUACGCACGCUUGUUCCCAAAUGGUUCGAUCCACGUGGCACACUGUUCAUAUUCCCUCCACUGGCUUUCUCGGGUGCCGAGGGAGGUUGUGGACAGGGAUUCGACUGCUUAUAACAAGGGAAGGAUACACUAUUUGGGCGCCAGGGAUGAGGUGGUGGAUGCCUAUUGGCGGCAACACGCUGUGGAUAUUUCAAAUUUUCUGGAGGCGCGGGCGGAGGAGCUCGUCCCUGGAGGCUUGCUGGUGCUCGUCAUCCCGGCCCGACCGGAUGGGGUCCCACAUUCGAAAAUCCUCAUGGGAUUUAUAUUCAAGCUAUUGGGAGACUGCCUUGUGGACCUCUGUCGAAAGGGACUGAUUGAGGAGGAGAAAGUGGACGAAUUCAACUUGCAGCUUCACUUUGCGUCACCACAAGAAUUGGAACGAGUCGUAAACCAAAAUGGACGUUUUACGAUAGAGAGAAUGGAGAGCUUGACUGAUAAAGUUUAUACUUAUCAUAUAGAGUCCAUCGCUCAGCAUAUAGCUCAACGUAUAGCUCAGUAUAUAGCCAUCACUAUACGAGCCAUAACGUCGGAGAUAUUAAAGAAGCAGUUUGGGCAUGAAAUCUUGGACCAACUGUUUGGUCUUCUUGCAAGCAAGAUUGAACAGAAUAUAGAACAUUGUCUAACCUUGUCCAAACUCGACCUAUUUGUGCUCCUCAAACGUUGCGAAGAUGCUGUCGUCAGCAAUUAG